AUUACAAGUUCACAACUGACACACAGACAACUAAACAAUACUAGAAUGAAGUUAUAGCCUGUAAGUAUAUAUUUUCAUUGAAAAUCUGAGUUGUAACGUUUGUGCACAUAUAUCACAGAAAGAGACGUUAGAGCUAAGAAACAUAUAAAUCAAAAUAAAAUAAGCAGAGAGAAAGAGAGAGAGAAGAAAGAGAGUCUCUGCAAAAGAGCUUUGACUCUCUCCCAUCCAUGGUGGAUUUUCAACCUGAAUACCAUUCUUCACGUUAUUCACAUUCUUCUUCUGUUUUUCAAGAAGCCCUUCGUUUUUUUCCUUGAUUGGUUCAUACCCACAUAGAAAUCUUGAACACCCUUCUCAGUCUCCCUGCUCUUUUCAAUUUUCAGUGUAUAGUUGGAUUGAUUUGUUAGUUUGAUUGAGUUUUAACAAGUUGAUUAUGGGAAAUUGCUGUGCGGCCCCGAAAACCUCGACUCAGAAAGAGAAGAGGAAGGGAAGAAAGGAGAAGAAAGAGAAACCGAAUCCGUUUGCGAUUGAUUAUAGUACUAAUGGAACUAGUGGGAUCAAGUUUCGUGUGUUGAAAGAACCAACUGGUCAGAAUGUGACGGAUAAAUAUGAGCUUGGUCGCGAGCUUGGUAGAGGAGAAUUUGGGGUUACAUAUUUGUGUACUGAUUUGGAAUCUGGUGAAAAGUUUGCCUGUAAAUCGAUAUCUAAGAAGAAACUUAGAACUUCAGUAGAUAUUGAGGAUGUAGUUAGAGAGGUUGACAUUAUGAAGCAUAUGCCUAGUCAUCCGAAUAUUGUGAGCUUAAAGGAUACUUAUGAGGAUAAUGACGCUGUUAACAUUGUUAUGGAACUGUGCGAAGGGGGAGAGUUGUUCGAUCGGAUUGUGGCAAGAGGACAUUACACAGAACGGGCUGCUUCAUCUGUAAUGCGGACAAUUGUAGAAGUUGUUCAGGUGUGUCACAAGAACGGAGUGAUGCAUCGAGAUCUCAAGCCAGAGAAUUUUCUGUUUGCAAACAAGAAAGAAACAGCUCCGCUGAAGGCAAUCGAUUUUGGACUGUCAGUCUUCUUCAAACCUGGUGAGAUCUUUAAUGAGAUUGUUGGAAGUCCUUAUUACAUGGCUCCAGAGGUUCUAAGGCGCAAUUAUGGACCAGAGGUUGAUGUUUGGAGUGCUGGUGUUAUACUGUACAUUCUGCUUUGUGGUGUUCCACCUUUCUGGGCAGAAACUGAACAAGGUGUAGCACAAGCGAUUAUCCGCUCAGUCAUUGACUUUAAGAGAGAUCCAUGGCCAUUAGUUUCUGACAAUGCUAAGGAUCUUGUCAAGAAAAUGCUUAAUCCAGAUCCAAAACAAAGGCUUACGGCUCAGGGAGUUCUUGAUCAUCCCUGGUUACAAAAUGGGAAGAAGAAUCCAAAUGUGUCUUUAGGUGAAGUUGUAAAAUCAAGGCUGAAGCAGUUUUCUGUAAUGAACAAGCUCAAGAAAAGAGCUUUAGGGGUAAUUGCUGAGCAUUUAUCAGGGGAUGAAGUUGCAGGAAUCAAGGAAGCAUUUGAUAUGAUGGACACUAACAAAAGAAACAAAAUAAAUCUGGAAGAACUUAGAGUUGGUUUGGCAAAACUAGGCCAUAGUAUACCUGAUCCAGAUCUCGAAAUCCUAAUGGAAGCGGCUGACGUUGAUGGCGAUGGAGCUUUGAACUAUGGAGAAUUUGUUGCUGUUUCUGUACAUCUUAGAAAGAUGGCCAACGAUGAGCAUCUACACAAAGCUUUCUCAGUCUUCGAUCAAAACAAAAGUGGUUACAUAGAGAUUGAUGAACUCCGGCAUGCCUUGAGUGAUGAAGAUGAUGCCAACAUUGAGGAUGUCAUCAAUGCCAUAAUGCAUGAUGUUGAUACUGAUAAGGAUGGGCGUAUAAGUUACGAAGAAUUUACUACUAUGAUGAAGGCUGGUACAGAUUGGAGAAAAGCUUCCAGGCAAUAUUCAAGAGAAAGAUAUAACAGUAUCAGCUUGAAGUUGAUGCAGGAUGGCUCAUUUCAGGCUCCAACAGAGGUCAGGUGACAUUUUCGUAUGUCAAGGAACAAAAGAAUACGUAAAGGGAAAAGCAGAGAGCUAUUGGCUUGCAGAGAUAAUUGCAAUAAAGAACUCAUAAUUUUAUCAUGUUCAUCAAUGUGUAUUGUUCUCUACAUAUCUGGUAAUCGCAUAUCUGGAAUGUUUGAUUAGUUGAUACACUCGAGUCUAGUUAGUUUUGCUCUUAGAUUCAACACUCCUGAUCUAUGUGAAUUUGUUACCAUUUUUCGGUAUUGCUAAUUGGUACAACUACAAUGUAAGUGCAAAUUUUAGUAGUUAGUUUUAACUUCCAAGAAUCCAA